CUUCACAGUCUCCGUAGCGUUCUAACGUGACCCUUGAGCGUGAGGAAGAUUUGUGUUAUUUGACUUUCCAGAGACAUUAAUGUGCAACGUGAAAUAUCAACGUGACGCAUGCGGGUGUUUUACUGUUUCUCUCACGAUUUAAAGAUGUUAAUGGAGUCACAGGUGAACAGAUGUAAGCUAACUGACCAAGCUAACUAAGCUAACUAACUAGCUUGUCAGAAAUAAUGUUGGCGGCGCUGUGGAGGGUUCGAAUCCCUCGGUGUCUUCCCACGGACAUCAUGUCGGGACUCGCGUUGGGACCAGAGUUCAGGGGACAGGGACUGGAGCUGGUCAGACAUGUCAGCUCCUCCUGCGCCAUGUGCGCUAAAGCCCGAGGACAGCAGAGCAGGGGAGAGAUGACGGAGAAGAAGCUGACUCGUCACUUUGUGGACCAUCGCCGUGUGAAGCUGAUGGCUGGGUCAGGGGGUAAAGGGGCCUGCUGCUUUCACAGUGAACCCCGAAAAGAGUGGGGUGGACCGGAUGGAGGGAAUGGAGGUGAUGGAGGAAGCAUCAUUAUCAAGGCGAAUCGUUUUGUCAAAUCCUUGGCACAAGUAGUUCCGUUGUAUAAGGGAGAGGAUGGGCAAUCGGGUGGCAGCAAGAACUGUUAUGGUCGGAAUGGCAGCCCAACCUACAUUCCUGUACCGUUAGGCACUGUGGUGAAGGAGGAGGGCAAAACUGUAGUGGACCUCUCUGAACACGGGCUAGAGUAUCUGGCUGUAUUUGGAGGAGCCGGAGGAAAAGGGAAUCGAUUCUUUCUGUCCAAUGAGAACCGAGCCCCCAUGACGGCUACCUCAGGCGCGCCAGGAGAGGAGAGGGUCCUUCAGCUGGAGCUACGCACCAUGGCACACGCAGGACUGGUUGGUUUUCCUAAUGCUGGGAAAUCCUCGUUGUUGAGAGCCAUAUCCAAUGCCAGGCCUGCUGUGGCUGCUUACCCAUUUACAACACUCAGCCCACAUGUAGGAAUUGUCAGUUACAGGGAUCAUGAGCAAGUUGCAGUGGCUGACAUCCCAGGCAUCAUUCGAGGAGCCCAUCUAAAUCGAGGCCUGGGCAUCUCUUUCCUUCGUCACAUAGAGCGCUGUCGUUUCCUCCUCUUCGUCCUGGACCUGUCCGCUCCGGAGCCCUGGACUCAGCUCCAACAUUUACGCUAUGAGCUGGACCAGUAUGAGCCUGGUCUGUCCCAGCGGCCUCAGGCCAUCAUAGCCAACAAAGUGGACCUGCCCGAGGCCCGGGAGAAGCUGGAGACUCUGAGGAGCCAUGUCAUGGAGCGGGUCAUUCCCGUGUCGGCUCUCACUGGACAGAACACAGAGGAGCUCAUCCUCCACCUCAGAGAGCUGUAUGACGGCUACCUCCAAGGACAAGGUGGUGGGGAAGGAAAACCCACUAAGUGGUAGCAAAAAAACGAUUUCCUUUUGCUUUACUGAUAUCUCUGUAAUGUAUAUACACACUGGAAGAUGAAGAAUGUAUUUAUUUGCUUAAUAAAUAUAUGAACAGGACAA